ACCAAUGUUUAUACCAUGAAAUGGUUACCACAAAACGAAUUGCUAGCGAAUCCCACAAUAAAAUUAUUUAUAACACACGGAGGAAUAAACAGCAUAAUAGAAUCUGUUUACUACGCUAAACCGAUGAUUAUUCUGCCGAUUGCAAUUGACCAACAUGGGAACGCUGCGAUGGCAGAGUCUAAAGGGUAUGCUUUGGUCAUGAGCUUGUCAGCGUUUACAUCUCUUGGCAUGGUCGAGAAUGUAAAGAGCCUUCUUAAAAACGAUUCUUAUAAGAAAGCGGCCGAAUUCUAUUCACUCAUCAUGAAAGACAAAUUAGUAAAGCCGGAAAUAAGAGUUUCUCAUUUAAUUAAUCACGUUAUAAAAUAUGGGGACAAUCAUUUGAAAACGUCUGCUUACCAAUUGAACUGGUUCCAGUUUUUCAUGUUCGAUAUUUUUCUGGUUUUUAUAUUG